AUGCGAACUGCCAUACGCCCAUGUCGCAAGAUCUUCGCUGACACUUCGCUGCCCGCACCGUGCCGCGCCCGAUCAUUCUCUGCUGGGGCGAGGGGAGUGUCUUCGAGCCGCCCAGGCCGAUCCGCUCGUGGGACGCAAUGCGAUAAUGGCAUUAAAUUUGCGUACUCGGGAAGGGGGAGGAAGGUGGAUAUGAAUGGCCGGAGGUGUAUAGGUGAAGCGAGGAGGAUGGCGAGUACCAGCACUGCUAUUGGAAUUCAAGACAAAUCUUGUGGGGGGUCACACGGUCCGAUUGAAGAAUACAAUUUAAGAGUGCAGUCGGGACGACUGAGGGAUGAUGACCACCAGAGAGCAAUCAUUGAACGUCUGCAAGACCUUCACCAAGUUCUUAAGGGUUAUGACCCUCCUACCGUCGUCCACCCUUCGCUCGCGGACCUAAAUGCUCCGCGCAAAUCUUCCUUCUUCGAUACUCUAUUUGGUAGGGGAUCGAAGUCAUCCGGGAUCACCACCCGGCUACCUGAAAACCUACCCAAGGGUUUAUAUAUGCACGGCGAUGUUGGGUGCGGAAAGACCAUGUUGAUGGACCUGUUUUAUGAUACCCUGCCGGCAAAUAUCGGCUCCAAGACGCGCAUACACUUUCACAACUUUAUGCAGGAUGUUCAUAGGCGACUGCAUGUCGUGAAGAUGAAGCAUGGCACCGAUUUUGAUGGUGUCCCCUUCGUGGCGGCUCAGAUUGCGGAGCAGUCGAGUGUGCUUUGCUUUGAUGAGUUUCAAUGCACAGAUGUCGCCGACGCGAUGAUCCUGAGAAGGCUACUCGAAUCCUUGAUGUCUCAUGGCGUCGUCCUUGUAACGACCUCCAAUCGUCACCCGGAUGAAUUGUAUAAAAAUGGAAUCCAACGCCAGUCAUUCAUUCCAUGCAUUCAACUCCUGAAAAACACCUUAACCGUCCUAAAUCUCAAUUCUACCACUGAUUACCGCAAAAUCCCCCGACCGCCGUCUGGCGUUUACCACCAGCCUCUGGGAUUGCAGGCCGAUCACCACGCAGACAAGUGGUUCGAGUACUUAGGCGACUUCAAAAACGAUCCACCUCACCGCGCCGUCCAUCAAGUCUGGGGCCGCGAUGUCGUUGUCCCAGAAGCUUCAGGGGCAGCGGCAAGGUUUACCUUUGACGAACUAAUCGGUAAAGCAACCAGUGCGGCAGAUUACCUUGAACUGAUGAGGAGUUACAACGCCUUUAUCAUUACAAACGUGCCGGGCAUGACGCUACAUCAGCGCGAUUUGGCGAGGCGAUUUAUUACCUUUAUCGAUGCUGUUUAUGAAAGUAGAGCCAAACUUGUUCUCACGACCGCCGUUCCUCUCUCGAACCUCUUCCUUUCCCCCGCCGAAAUCAGGGAAUCCAUCUCCCACACCCCCAAAUCCUCAGCAGCCAACUCAAAACCUAUCUCUUCCGCCUCCUCUUCCUCCAACUCGUCUUCCACAGAAUCCGAAGAAGACAUGGACAACGCCAUGCGCCAACUAAUGGACGAUCUCGGUCUCUCCAUGUCGGAAUUGAAAUCUACAUCGAUAUUCAGCGGCGAUGAAGAGCGGUUUGCCUUUGCCCGCGCGCUCUCGCGAUUAGCAGAGAUGGAGAGCAAGGAGUGGGUUGAGCGAGGGAUGGGGAUGGGGAUGGAUACAAGGGCGGGAUUGGAAGAGAAGCAGGCGUGGGAUAAGAUGAGGAGUCGGUGGAGGGAGGAUAGGAUGUAG